AUGUGGGCUAGCAGGAGGAUGGGGGAGGACGAACAACUCUACUUAGUCCACGUUCAGGGCACCGAUGGCAUCGGUCUCCCGAAUACGCUGGUCGUCAACAAGUUCCAGAACUUGGACGGCAAUCUGGAGAACCGCUGCAAGUCGGAGAUGAUCCUGUUGGCCACCGUCCGCCACGACAACAUCAUCCAAAUCCUACAUGUCAUCGAGAGGGAUGAAGCCAUCAUGCUCAUCUACAAGUACGAGCCGAAUCGCAACCUUGGCUACUGGCUGCACCAGCGGGAGGGCGGCGAUCGAAUGUUGACCUGGCCCAAGAGGAUGUCCAUCGCCAUCGGAGUUGCCAAAGGGCUCUGCCACUUGCACCAUGGAUGCAACAGACCUGUUGUCCACCACAACAUCAACGCCAACAACAUCUUGCUUGAUCAGGAUCUCAAGGCGGUGAUUGCCAGCUUUGGCAUGGCGCAGAUUAACAUGGCCGGGCUCGGACAGCCGUUGCCAAUCACAGACCUGCCUCUUGGUAACUUUGGUUAUGCUGCUCUAGAAUAUGGGAUGGCAACAAACCAGGUGACGGAGAAGGUAGACAUUUACAACUUCGGCGUCGUGCUGCUUGAGCUCGUCACGGGGCGGGUGGCUAAUUGA